AUGGAUGGUAAGAAGGCGAAGAAGAGGACCAUUGAAGAGGUAGAGAGCAGAGGAAGAACACAACAAAAAGAAGACAACAAGGACAGUGACAUCAGGAAAGAGCUACAGGUGAAGAAAAGGAAGAAAGAAGAACAUAAAGAUGAAGAAGGAAAACAACGCGCAAGUGAAGAGGAAAUUAUUGAAGAAAUCAGCGACUCUCCAGAAAAUCCAGAAGAUCCAGGUCCAUCUUUGGAUUCAUCUCUUUCGCUGCAGAGAUUUACAUUCCACCGACUGCUUGGCAAGGGUGGCUAUGGAAAGGUACGCAAUUUGUGAAAUAUCCAUUUACACAGCAGAUUUGUUAUUUUUACAAAAGAAACAGAAUGUUUUUGGGGUGAUGUUAUUGAACACAUUAUUGAUUAAUAUAAUUCUCAAUAAUUGGUUAUAGGAUGUAAGAGUACACCCUUGUCAAAUUAUUUAAAGAUUUAUAUUUGAAAGUUUAAACAUGUGAUUUGUCUCUGAUUGUGGUCACUUAGUUUCAUCUAUUGCUGGUUUCAACUUGAAAAUAUAUUCUGUUUGCUCACCUGUAACAUUGAACUUUAUGUCAAUUUAUUUUAACAUCAAUGAGAAAAUUUACUGAAAAAUUAGAUACAGAGAUGGUUAUAAAACCUAUUCUGUUGUUUAGAUAGGGUUAGGUGAGUAAUAACGGCAUAACCCUGUGUAACAUUACAAAUUAGCCUAGCACUGGUAUAAUUAAGACCAGACCUGCCCCCCAUUCUUUCAUUUAUUGUUAUUUUUUUGUUACACGUUUUUAUUUUUAGCACAUUUUUUUAUCCAUUAUUACUUUGUGCAAAUUCUUUAACUAUUUUACUAAUAAAAUUGUAUUUAAAAUAUCUUCUAUUUAAGAAUGAUUUUUUAAUUGGUUGUAAUCUCAGGGACAUCUGCUUCCCCCCACUUUUCAAGUCGGAGGUCCCACCUUCCCAUUUUGUAUCUAAUUUAUUUUAAGAUUAGUUCUAUGGGCAGUGCACAGUAUUGAAAAUUAAACAAUGUUAUUAUUAUUAUUAUUAUUGGCAUUUAUAUAGCGCCAACUAAUUCCGCAGCGCUUUACAAUAUUAUGAAAAGGGGGGAAAUGUACAAUAAAUGAGACAAUUACACAGUAACACAGGAACAAUUGGUAGAUGAGGGUUAAUUCACUAAACAGUUUGUAAUGUGAUGAAUUAUACAAAUUAGGAUAAAGUAGACCUUCACCCAUUUUAACCCAAAUAAUAUUGCCUUCUCAAUUCACAUAAACAUACUCUUUGGUGAAUAAAUUCCAUAUUCCAUAUUUCUUACAUGUUCCUCUGUUGGAUAUUUAAUUGUCAUUUAGUUAGUAGUACUGGGAAUUGAUAGUGUUUGUUGUGAUUUUUCACUGUAAUUAUGGCCAGUUUAAUCCACUCCAACUGUCACUACAAUUGCUAGUUCCUGGUCACAUGACCUGAUAGGAAUGAUGGACAUUCUCAAAGCUAUAGUAGGAUAGCGAGAGAGAUACAUUUCUACUAAAUGUCAAUGGAAACUGUAUCACAGUCUAUUGUUAUGAAAACUGAAUUAUUUCUACUUAAGAAAACAUAUACAAUGCUUAUGUUUCAUGGAUUGUAUAAAUAAAAGUGCGAUAGAGGAUCUUUUCACAUUUUGAAGAUUUAAUAAAGCUUUAUAGAAUAUACUUCCUUACAUACUACAAUACACAGGAAGUUACUGUGUUAAUUAUGUAAUUGUACAAUGGGUCACCCAGUUAAUACUGUAUCAUGUAAAUCAUUUUGGUCUCUGUUAAGAACCAAUGCACUGGAUUCUCUUUUUGUUUGUGCUAUCGCUUGUGCUGUUAUUUGUGCUUUUGCUGUGUAUUUUCUAAAGCUGAUGUGCGCAACUAUAAUAAAAAUAUUCUGUUCAAGUACAGCAAUAUUCUCUGUGUAUGUAAAAAAACAAAACAAAAUUAUAUAUAUAUACACACUCAAAGUAGUGCACUCACUGGUCUUCUUAAUUUGCAAACUUUAUUAACCAAUGUUCAGUAACUUUACCGUAUCAUCAACGUUUCGGUCCUCAUUCGGACUAGGACUGAAGUGUUGAUGAUACGGUAAAGUUACUGAACAUUGGUGAAUAAAGUUUGCAAAUUAAGAAGACCAGUGAGUGCACUACUUUGAGUGUAUGUAUUGUUAAAAGGCUGGAGGAGCACCUUAGCAAGUAAAACGGAAGAGUGAGUGGAUUUGUGAGUGGUCUGACAUCAUAUUCAGGUUCCCGGCAUAACUAAGCAAUGCGAGGGAGCUGAGCAGUAAGCCCGCAAUAAAAGCUGCCGCCCGCCUCGUGUGGGCCCCCCAGAACACGAGGCUAACAAGGCAGUGCCGCCCAAGGCAAAUGCCUUGUUAGCCUUGCGGUGAAUACACCGCUGGGCACCCUACCAGUGACCUAUGGUAGCAUGCCCACAGAGAGGGCUCAGCGUGCCAUCUGUGGCAUGCAUGCCAUAGGUUCGCCAUCGCUGCUAUAAAUGAUAAGUGGUGCCAAUGGUUUAGAUAUGCCAUUAGAAUGCUAAUCUGAUACAUAAGCAUCAAUCAGCCAUAUCUGGUACAGACUUCAGUAAAUAAACAGGACAGGGAUUCGAUUGUGCACAACUACUCUGUUGUGUUUUUGAUCAAGUUAGGUGUAAUGAGACCAUAGGGCAUAUUAAAGUUAGUUUAAAGGAGAAAGGCUAAAAAACAAAAUAAUAAUGUAUUUUACAAGAUAUGUCUGUGAUAUAAUAACCACACAGUAGGUUUCUUAAAGGGAAACUACAGUGCCAGGAAAUCAAAGUUGUUCUCCUGGUACCAUAGCUCUCCCCUGCCUCACAGCCCUCACCCCCGUGCGCAGAAGGAGUUAAAGCCCUACUGUCACAAUGUCGGUGCUGGUUUGGGUUUGCCUCUGCUCCUCCCCUGCUGACGUCAUCCGGCAGGGGAGACCUAAUGCGUAUGCACGGCAAUGGCCAUGUUUGCAUUAGUAUUUCUACCAUAGGGGGUUUAACAUGACACUGGAUGUCCUCAUUCAUAGCGUGAGGACGUCCAGCGUCAGUUAGGCGACCAAAUGUCACCUAAUGACCCGGAAGUCCCUCUAGUGACUUGUUUGGUAGAAAAUUACUAGAGCUGGAGUUUACCCUCAAAGGUAAUUAUUGUAGUUUAUUAAAGGACCACUAUAGUGCCAGGAAAACAUACUCGUUUUCCUGGCACUAUAGUGCCCUGAGGGUGCCCCCACCCUCAGGGACCCUCUCCCGCCGGGCUAUGGGGAGAGGAAGGGGUUAAACUCUUACCUUUCUCUAGCGCCGGGCGGGGAGCUCUCCACCUCCUCUUCGGCUGAAUGCGCAUUCGCGGCAGGAGCUGCGCGCACAUUCAGCCAGUCUCAUAGGAAAGCAUUCAUAAUGCUUUCCUAUGGACGCUUGCGUCUUGAAACACGCAAGCGUCUCUAGCGGCUGUCAAUAAGACAGCCACUAGAGGCUUUAGAGGCUGGAAUAACCUAUUAAACAUAGCAGUUUCAGAGAAAAAAUGGGUUAACCCUAGCUUGACCAGGCACUCAAACCACUUCAUUAAGCUGAAGUGGUCUGGGUGCCUAGAGUGGUCCUUUAAAGACUGCAAUAAUAACCUUUGCAGGGUCAAGGAGCCUGGAACUAUGCACCCAAAUCACUUCAAUGAGCUGAACUGGUCAGGGUGCCUAUAGUGUCCUUUUAGGUAAAUAUAGCUUGCUACAUUUAAAACAUUUGUGUCAGUUUUCCUUUAAAUACAUCAUGCUAAUAGAUAUGUUAGCACACAAGGAUUGACACAAAAUUCUGAAAGCCUUUUUAUUUACGUGUCAUCCAGGUCUUCCUGGCAUCGGAUAAAACAACGAAGAAGGUGGUGGCUUUGAAAAUAGUGAGGAAGAAAGACCUUCUCACUGAAGCCUCAGACAGGACACUCGCUGAACGACGAGUGCUGGAGAUGGCAGCCGGAAGUCCUUACCUAACCAAAGCCUAUGGAGCGUUUCAGAUCCCGGUAAUUCCUUAAUGGUCAUAAAUCAACUUUCUAUUAACAAACCAACCAGCAAUAUAUCUGCAGAUGUUUGCUUUAAAUUUUCUGUGGCAAAUUGUUUUCUAACCAAUAUAUACCAAAGACAAAAUUUACUAUCCCUAUUAUAAACUCACCUGCCACGUUAAGGCAAACCUCUUAGGUGAAUCCUACACUAAAAAUUCACCUUCCUGUCUUGAACUAACAGGUAAAAAUCUCUAAUGAGACAAAAAAGGGUAUUUUUCCAAAGCCUUUUGAGUGAUACUAAAAAACCUCCAGUUAUUUAAAUGUCUACAGGGAUUUGGGAUAGUGAGCAAGUAACUUUGUAACUUUGUUGCUUUGUUUUUUAUUGUAUGUAUUGGGGCUGAUGGGUACCAUAGUCAUUGCUGCUGCUGCCAGGAGUAGUGGGCGUUUAAGCACAGGGCUUGAUUUUGUAUAGUUUCUAACCCAUACCUAGCUCGUUCAGUAUCUCAUUGCUAUCCAAAUAUAGAAAGAUUAGCAACUCAUAAUUAGAAAGAGUAAUUUUUGCAUUAUCCUUUAGGCUACACGUGGAAUGCUCAAAUUUGUACUUAUUUUGUGCUUUUUGCAUAUUUCACAUGGCUAUUUUUUAAACAUUUCUUUCAAAGUUUGCAAUAUUAAUUGUGUUUGUGCUAUGUAUUUUGUUAACUUGAUUUGAAUGGCAGCAAAGUACUAGAGAGAUGCUCAGUCCCUUAAGCACUAAAAGUGCUGAACUCUCAAGUGCAGAGGGAUUGCUAGAUUCCUGGCACCAGUGACACUAAUAAAAGCGGCAAAGGAAUGUUCCAUCUCUCAGGAACAAAGAGAAUCAGCACACUCAACCCUAGGAGUUGUUGCAGAGGGUUCUCAGGUCAGUUUCAAUGCAGAGGAUCAUGUUUGUGCUGGCAAGAACAAAACUUAUGUUUCAAUGCACCAAUCUCAACGUGAUGCCUAAACGCUAUAAUUUUGUAUUUGCCAACAUUUUGAAAUCUUGCACUUUGUUUGAAGUUUCGAUAUUUCAAAACUUAGGUGAAGAAUUGCAGUUCGAUAAUUCAAAGCUAAGGGGAAGCAAAAAAUUAUUGCAUAUUUGCCUAUUCAGGAGUGAUCACUGGUAUCUCCAAAUUUACUGUUAGAAAACAUCUAAUGUCAGUUUUGGGUUGCAUUCUGAAUUAUCUGUUAUUUUUUUUUAAAAUAUAUAUUCCAAUCUUAAUAGAUUUUAAGGAUUAUAAAUUAUAAGUUUUUUCUCAAAAUGGCAUAAGCACAGUGAUCAAAGGCACUCCGUUACAGUUGGUUCCUUAAACAGAGCAUCAUUUUUUUCCCCAAAGCUCUAGGAUUUAGCAAAGUACAGGAAAUUAUGUUUUAACAAGUUUUCUUUUUGCUGUUUAAGUGUUUGUGUUGUGAAGUAUAUCCCAUUGUAUUUUAUUUUCAACCAGACCCAUCUAUGCUACGUGUUGGAGUAUCUGCAUGGUGGUGAUCUUGACAGCUUCCUGAAAAGAAACAUCAGACUGGAACCUUGCAUUGCAAUGUAAGUCUUAAAAUACAAUGCUUAAAAUGGAGACCGGACGAGGAGAGGGGAAAUAUGGGUCAGAGCAAUGAGAAGAUUUAACAGGAAGAAGUAUGACAAGGCCUGAGGAAAGAGUCACAUUUAAAGAAUUGUUUUGGAAAAGAGGGUUGGUAAAGGAACCCUAAAGUUUCAAAUAAAAUUCUAAUAGUUUUAAUAAUGACCAAAUCACCCAACAUAAACAUUUACAGAUUAAAAAUAUCAUUAAAGUUUAUGGAACAAUGUUAAAUAAUGUUUUUCUAUUAAAAGAACAGAAGUAUAAUUCUCAAUAUGGAGUCACUGUAUAUAUUGACGGGAGGAUUGGAAAGGAAUUAAUUUGGGUGGGAGUAAAAGGAGACAGUUACUAAUAGAGAAUAUACAGCUGCCCACCACCACGUUUUCUACUAUUAGCAUUGUUUGGUAGACACUGGUGAAUGCCAUAGAUAAAGAAUUUAGAAAAAUUAGGAACCUCAGUGAGUCUGAAACAUAUAUACAGGGAGUGCAGAAUUAUUAGGCAAGUUGUAUUUUUGAGGAUUAAUUUUAUUAUUGAACAACAACCAUGUUCUCAAUGAACCCAAAAAACUCAUUAAUAUCAAAGCUGAAUAUUUUUGGAAGUAGUUUUUAGUUUGUUUUUAGUUAUAGCUAUGUUAGGGGGAUAUCUGUGUGUGCAGGUGACUAUUACUGUGCAUAAUUAUUAGGCAACUUAACAAAAAACAAAUAUAUACCCAUUUCAAUUAUUUAUUAUUACCAGUGAAACCAAUAUAACAUCUCAACAUUCACAAAUAUACAUUUCUGACAUUCAAAAACAAAACAAAAACAAAUCAGUGACCAAUAUAGCCACCUUUCUUUGCAAGGACACUCAAAAGCCUGCCAUCCAUGGAUUCUGUCAGUGUUUUGAUCUGUUCACCAUCAACAUUGCGUGCAGCAGCAACCACAGCCUCCCAGACACUGUUCAGAGAGGUGUACUGUUUUCCCUCCUUGUAAAUCUCACAUUUGAUGAUGGACCACAGGUUCUCAAUGGGGUUCAGAUCAGGUGAACAAGGAGGCCAUGUCAUUAGAUUUUCUUCUUUUAUACCCUUUCUUGCCAGCCACGCUGUGGAGUACUUGGACGCGUGUGAUGGAGCAUUGUCCUGCAUGAAAAUCAUGUUUUUCUUGAAGGAUGCAGACUUCUUCCUGUACCACUGCUUGAAGAAGGUGUCUUCCAGGAACUGGCAGUAGGACUGGGAGUUGAGCUUGACUCCAUCCUCAACCCGAAAAGGCCCCACAAGCUCAUCUUUGAUGAUACCAGCCCAAACCAGUACUCCACCUCCACCUUGCUGGCGUCUGAGUCGGACUGGAGCUCUCUGCCCUUUACCAAUCCAGCCACGGGCCCAUCCAUCUGGCCCAUCAAGACUCACUCUCAUUUCAUCAGUCCAUAAAACCUUAGAAAAAUCAGUCUUGAGAUAUUUCUUGGCCCAGUCUUGACGUUUCAGCUUGUGUGUCUUGUUCAGUGGUGGUCGUCUUUCAGCCUUUCUUACCUUGGCCAUGUCUCUGAGUAUUGCACACCUUGUGCUUUGGGCACUCCAGUGAUGUUGCAGCUCUGAAAUAUGGCCAAACUGGUGGCAAGUGGCAUCGUGGCAGCUGCACGCUUGACUUUUCUCAGUUCAUGGGCAGUUAUUUUGCGCCUUGGUUUUUCCACACGCUUCUUGCGACCCUGUUGACUAUUUUGAAUGAAACGCUUGAUUGUUCGAUGAUCACGCUUCAGAAGCUUUGCAAUUUUAAGAGUGCUGCAUCCCUUUGCAAGAUAUCUCACUAUUUUUGACUUUUCUGAGCCUGUCAAAUCCUUCUUUUGACCCAUUUUGCCAAAGGAAAGGAAGUUGCCUAAUAAUUAUGCACACCUGAUAUAGGGUGUUGAUGUCAUUAGACCACACCCCUUCUCAUUACAGAGAUGCACAUCACCUAAUAUGCUUAAUUGGUAGUAGGCUUUCGAGCCUAUACAGCUUGGAGUAAGACAACAUGCAUAAAGAGGAUGAUGUGGUCAAAAUACUCAUUUGCCUAAUAAUUCUGCACUCCCUGUACAUACAAUAAAUAUACACUGAAUAUAAAUAUUCUACAAAAUGCUAACUCAGUAUGAAUCCAUGUUUGUGUGAUGAUGUAGAAAUGUGUGGGCACAUACACCUAGUGUUGCUAAGAAACAAGCAUACAAUGUAUAACAAAGAGUGUCGGUGUAUAAAAACAACGACAUGUAAAAAAGGAGGAAAAGGUAGAAAGAGUGAAGGCAUGUUACUGAAGUAUCUUAGCUAAAGCAUAUCUGUACAUGAGUCCAAGCAAUCAUCAAAUGUAGAAGCCGAGAAUCGACAAAUACGAGGAGAUGCAGGAGAUAGAGAACUGUGGCUGUGUGUGAUUGAAGUGUCUAAGGGUAAACAGUGAAAUCACCAUGUGUGCUGCAUGCAACCAGUGAUCAACAUGUGAAAUUAGAGCAAGAAUACCAGUGAGUUCCUACAGUGAUAGACAAUAGAGAGUGAGAAAGACAAGCUGGUGAAGAAAAAAAACUGUAAUUAGAGGCAGAUCAAAGAUAUAGAUAUACCGAGGAGCUCAAAAUAGACAAAAACUACUGCAACUGGUGCUAAAUCGAUUCAUAACAUAUAAUACUGAUUUUACACAUAGCACUAGGCAACAAUAUGAACAACAGAUAAGCACAAGCCAUUUUGCACACAACCGAACAUGUAAGAGCUAUGGAAAUGGAUGGAAAAUUGCCACAAUGAGUAACAGCAAAUAUAAAGGAAGCUAGUCAAUAAAAAGAAUAAGAAGAUGCCUGCUAUGUAUGGUAUAGAUGUCCUAACAAGAUAUACAAUUGUUAUACAGAGAAAUAUGAUGGUAGAAACAUAUUUGAAAAUAAAAAGUAUUCACCAGUAAUACUAGAAAAAGUAUAUGUGACAGUAAGAAAAGUGAAUGUAGGCAAGAGAGAGCUCUGAUUAUAUAUAUAUAUAGUAGAGAUUGUAGCCGUAUUAGUCCAGUGAUGUAGAUGUAAAAAACAGAUAAAAUUCUUAUCUUGUAAUACCUUUUUUAUUGGACUAACAGAAUUUUUAAUUGACAAGCUUUCGGGAGAACCUCCCUUUCUCAAGUCUGAAGCAUUUCUGAGCAAAACGACACAUAGAAUUCAAAGUUGAGUUGUGAUACAGGGGUUAAAGCGACAUGAGUGUAGAUAAGACAAGGGUUUGUUAGAAAAUAGACACCAUCUUAGCAGAGGGUCAUAAAUAUCUUGUUGAAGAGAAGAGUAGGGGGGAGAGAGGGAAAAGAAAAACAAAUAAGCAGACAGUGCACAGGAUGAUACACUUUAUACAUGCACACACACAGAAAUAUGUAUAUGUGAACGCAUAAACACAUGUAUAUAUACAUAAACACAUAUACAUACAUGCACAUGGACUCAUAUACAUAAAUAUAAAUGCACAGUAAUAUAUAUAAGCAUUCAUGCAUACGAGUAUGGGAAAGCAUAGGUCUACACAUAGUACUUUGUAUAUAGAUAGAAUAAACAUAUAGGAAUGCAUUUUAAAGUGUUGGUACAUAUGACAGAAUAGUAAGAUAAUGCUGGGAGAGUGUUCAUGUAAAGUGUUGGUAGUGGGACAGGAAUCCCAAAUCAAUAUUUAGUCCUCUCUUCUUGCUGUUAAACCAUUUAAUCAUUCUGGCUUCAAAGGCUUUUCUUUCCUGGGUAUUUUUAAAACCCCCUUUCAGUACUUUGAUUUUUAGGUCCUUCAGUGAGUGGCCAGGCUGGGUAAAGUGGUGUCCCACAGGAGUGCAGUAUGAUUCUAAGAUGGUGUCUAUUUUCUAACAAACCCUUGUCUUAUCUACACUCAUGUCGCUUUAACCCCUGUAUCACAACUCAACUUUGAAUUCUAUGUGUCGUUUUGCUCAGAAAUGCUUCAGACUUGAGAAAGGGAGGUUCUCCCGAAAGCUUGUCAUUAAAAAAUUCUGUUAGUCCAAUAAAAAAGGUAUUACAAGAUAAGAAUUUUAUCUGUUUUUUACAUCUAUAUAUAUAUAUAUAUAUAUAUAUAUAUCUAUCUAUAUCUAUAUAUAUAGAUAUAUAUAUAUAUAUAUUAUUACAGUGGAUUUUCCCUAGGUCAGCUCAUUUAGGAAGAUCUCAUUUUAAGAAGUAAGUUCAUUUUAUAUUAAAUACUUUGUUGAUUAAUAUUUGAAUUCUUGUUUAUCAGAUUCCUUGCUGCGGAGAUUGCGUGUGGACUCCAAUAUCUCCACCAACACGACAUUGUGCAUCGGUAAACACAUCUUCGUUAAACGAUAUAUUAAUAAGCUUGCUCUCUCUACACUGUGCUGUCCUUUUUUUACCCAUAUUGUUUAGCUACAUUUUUACCUUUCUCUCAGGUGAGUUAAGAUUUUUUGCUCAUACACUUCAGCUGUAAGAGGGCAUUUUACAAACCGUUUCAACUUAACACUAAGAAGAGGAUUUUUACUUACGUUUGAGAAAAACAUUUACUCGUGUUGGGCAGAGCAGAAAAAAGGAAGGGCAGGAUAAGAAAGAAAGAAGCAGAAUGGUCAUUUCUAGUCCAACUGAUUAAGAGAAAUGUAGAAAACUGCAUUCAUUAAAACUAAAUUACAAAAUCCUUUUUUAAAUUGUCUCCUAAAUUCAGGUAUAAGCAGCCUGUUUCAUUUCUCUGUGAAUUGAUGGGGCAUUAUUUCAUUGAUUGGCUAUAGCUCAUAAAUAGAUUUGUACACACUUCCAGAAUUUUACUAUUAGUAAGCCAUGUAAACGACCUGUUUCAUGACAGAUCUUCAAUAAACUAUAAAUCUUAUGAUAUUUCUCUCUACAGAGACAUAAAGCCAAGGAACAUAAUGCUGGAUGAAGCGGGUCACAUCAGGAUAGGCGACUUUGGACUGGCGCUGGAGAUGUACGGCAAGAGGACAGCAAAGGGUUACGCAGGCACUGUAGAUUAUAUGGCUCCAGAGGUAGGAUAGACCAUGGCUACUGUUUGGCUUUGAGGCUACAUGACUUGAUCAUAUUACAUCUCACCAAGAGCAACAAUCACUCUGUAGCUAAACAGAUCUUUAUAGCUAUGAAGAUGAAACACAAUGUCUGAACACUACUUCAGACAACAGGGCGCCACAGCCACUAUAAAUAUAUAUUACUGAAAAUAGGAGAUUCCCAUAAAUGAAAAACAAUCGGUGGAAAUACAAAGUCCACUUUAUUGCAUAUAAAGAACAAUAGUACACAAUAGUGCAACAAGAACAGUGUAUAUAAAAUAAUAUCAAAAAUAAGUACACAGCCAAAUUGGCCAAGAGCCCCUAAGGGUAGCAGCUAUAAACAUACAAGUAACUACACUGAUAGUAAAAGUGCAAAGUGCUAAAGUGCAAGGGUGCAGGGUACUGAUAAUACUGCUCCACAAACCAAAAACAGCACAGUGCAUACAAUAUAGGAUGGAAUGCAAAUAGAGUACAUGUAGAGUGUACAGCAAGCUCCUGAGGAAGUCGACAUCGACAAAACGCGUAGAGCAUUCACAAGAGCCCUGUAUUUUCGGUAUAGCAGUCUUUCUCUACAUGUACUCUAUUUGCAUUCCAUCCUAUAUUGUAUGCACUGUGCUGUUUUUGGUUUGUGGAGCAGUAUUAUCAGUACCCUGCACCCUUGCACUUAGGCACUUUUACUAUCGGUGUAGUUACUUGUAUGUUUAUAGCUGCUACCCUUAGGGGCUCUUGGCCAAUUUGGCUAUGUACUUAUUUUUUAUAUUAUUUUAUAUACACUGUGCUUGUUGCACUAUUGUGUACUAUUGUUCUUUAUAUGCAAUAAAGUGGACUUUGUAUUUCCACCAAUUGUUUUUCAUUUAUGGGAAUCUCCUAUUUUCAGUAAUAUAUAUUUAUAGUGGCUGUGGCGCCCUGUUGUCUGAAGUAGUGUUCAGACAUUGUGUUUAUUUUGUAUAGAGGUUGGGAGUGACCUCGUGACAGUGGCUUGCCUACACUAGCUUUGUGACCUAUUAUCACCUUCACCACCCACACAUUUAUCUUUUGUUUUGUUUUUUAUCAAUGUUCAUGUUAUUCUCCUCUGUAAUAAGGUAUCAUGGUUGAUAUUAUAAUAAGCAUGGGUUAACAUCUUUAUUUAUUAUGGCUGAUGGCAACAGUGCUUGGCUAGGUCCUCCAAACUUUAAAGACAAUUCUUUAAAAUUGAAAAACACCUUCAGUGAUUGUCUAUACUGUCCCAACCAGUCAUAUUGCUCCGAAUCAUUGCACAUUUGUAGUGAAAUAUAUAUUUUUUAUAAGUUGCCUAUUCUAAUAGGCAGACGAUGAGAACAGCAUUAUAUUUGACAGUAAUACUUUCUUUCCUGUAAGGAAACACUUGACUUAAUCAUUUCUGAAAUUAUGUUGGCAGAUGCGGAAAGGAAGAAAAUAUAAUGCUGCAGUAGAUUGGUGGGCCUAUGGUCUAAUCCUUCAUAAGCUGGCCAAGAGAGCAUUUCCAAAAAAUCCAAAUGCUGCCCAAACAAUGCUUCAUGACACCACAGAUCACCCUGAGUGUCAAAGAAAACAGGUCAAAGAUCUCGUGAAAAAGGUGUGUAUGAUCCGGCAGUCUAAAUUAAUGUCCUGAAAAAGAGAACAUUUAUUUAUAGAAAACUAUUAACAAAGAGUGACACGGAAUGCCCAUAAAUGACAAUGGUGUCUAUAUAUGGUAAUAUCGAAAAAAAGAUAAAAGAUAUAUUAAUUCAGUCAAAUGCUUAUAGCUCAUACCAGCUUAAAGUCAUAUAAGACAGGAUAAUAUUUAAGGAGGGGAUUUCAGGGAAUUAAAUAUAUACACAAUAAAACAAUCAAGAACACAGUGAUAAAAUGACUAAAACUAGAGAGAAUCGGGAACUGAUUCUGGGUUAGGUAGUUUCUCCUAUUGAGAACAGGAAAACCUUAAACAUUGCAUUCAACAUAUGAAGUCGAGUGGAGAUAAAAGCGACUGUACUAGUAAUAAUCUUGCACCUUUGAUUCUUAGAAUGUCCCUUUAACCUUGUGAUACUGCAUACAGAUUUACAGAUAUCUAUAUUGUGUUUGCAUGUGUUUUAGUCAAUGAACAAAGGCAGUGGCAGUUUUAUUGUUGACAUUCUACUCUUCCAUUUGCAGCUCCUGUGCAAAAAUCCAUCUCAGCGCUUGGGGGCAGCUAGCAGCAUCCAAUUCCAUCCUUUCUUCCAGUCCAUUGACUGGGAUGACCUGGAGGCUGGCAGGCUAGAUCCCCCCUUUGUGCUAAGAACAGUAAGUAUACGGAAACUUCAAAUAGAGACCAGAAAAAUCAAUGUAACAAAAUGAGUGACUAGUUUAUGAAAAGAUAAGAGAGACGAUCAAAGUGCUAAUAUGGUGUGACCGUGGAUUACUGGUUGUGAUCGGGACUAUGUAUAUCGGAGUAGUUUGGGGUAAUUAGCCCAGAAACACAAACAAUGUCUAAACUUGGCAGCACUGCAAGCUCCAAAGUGUCCUCUCCAGCCAUAUCCAUACACCUCUGCCCCUGUCCCUAACCAAACAGUUGUGCCUGUCCCUUUGUACCCAACUAUCUUAAAAAACCUCAUAGGAAAGCACGGUGUGGAAGUCCUAAUGGUGGGGUGGUGGUCACCGUUAAUCCACAUUAGGUUCCCAGAUCACACUGAGGUUGAAGAAAGAGGAGCCCAAUCCAGCACCCAGGGACCCUAGCGCUGGAAUCAGGUAAGUGGUUAAAAGGUUUUUUAGGCCUUUCAUGUCCUGGGUGCAGUGUAAGCAUAGGGAGAGUGUAGUGUUAGGAAAACAGUUUUGCAUUCCUAACACUAUAGUGUUCCUUGAAACAAUCUAGCCUUUAAUUUUCCUUUUGUUCAUUGCCAUUAUGGCUAGAACACUGUGAUAAUAGGAAAAUUACACCAGUUUAUACAUAUAGCUUUUGGCAUUCUGCAAUCUCCCCCCUCCAUCUUUUACAUCCAUAUUGGUGUUCUUAUACUGCUUUCUAGGAAUGGUAACACUUAUUGGAUGUGUUGUUGUACAAUGUGUAAAUACUACAGUAACUUCUUAUGUCUUCUCUUUAUAGCCACCACUGGAGAGCUUAAUAUCACGAGUAAUACAGGAGACCCUAACAUCUCGAUACGAAGCAUUUACUCCAUCUAUUCCACCAGAGCAGCAGCAGUUUCUUGGAUUUUCUUUUAACACCCUCUCCUAG